AUGGCGACCCAGCAGUCUGAACCUGACUCUCUCUCACAACUCAACCCGAUUUUGAGUGAAAUACAGAGUGACAAUAAGGCUAAAAGGAGGAAGGGGCUUGAGAAAUACCAGCAAGUUGUUUUUGAGAGUGGGGGGGAGCUUAAUAAGGACAGCCUAUCGGAAAUUUUUGGGUUUUCAUUGAGGUUGCUGGUGACUGGUUUGUCUGACGUAUCUGAGAUCAAUAGAAUUAAUGCCGCAAAUAUUGUCUUGAAAUUUGCUGAAGGAGGCGUUGUGUCGCAAAAUCAGUUAAUUGAUAUAAUUCCUACUAUUCACCAUAGAUUGGCUGUUAUUCCGCUUUUGGAGGAAAGUGAAGAGGUCAGGCUAAUACUGGUCAAUAUUAUUAAAGUGUUAACGCUUAGCUUUGAAGCUAAAUUAAUUCCGUUUAUGAACGAAGUGGUUAAUAUUCUUAAAAGGACGGUAGUGGAUGGUAGUCCAGAUGUACGGAAAGUAUCCAGUGAGUGUGUGAGUGUGUAUGCCAGAGCUACGAGAGAGAAGUUCCACAUGCAGUCUAAGUCACUGGUGGAGCCGCUCAUCAAAGCUCUCCACCAUCAACGCUUUAAGAACAGAAUAGCUUCCUUAAAUGCCUUGGGUGAUCUGCUCUUGUAUGGAGACGGUAGUGUCAUUCAAGACGUCAGUGGUCCCUUAGCCAAGUGUGCGAUGGAUCUUCCACAAGUUCGUUUGGUACUGGUAGCAGUUGGUGGAGCUUUAGCACUACAGAUGCCUGAUCGCUAUUCAUACUGGCAUCGUAUUCUUCCCUUACUUCUAUUUGGUCUAAGAGAUGAUGAUGCUGAUGUGAGACAGAAGGCUGAGGAACUCUGGGUGAAAGUUGGACUCCAGUAUGAAAGAGAGAACAUUGAUCAGCUGAAGAAAGAUAUUGAUUUUGAUAUUACUAUGGAAAACUAUCCUUCUGGAGAAGUGCGACCUAGGGUUGGGUGUCGGGUUCUAGUUCAGCGAGCACUGUAUCAUAUUCUUCCUGGCCUGAUGAAUGACUUGGAUGAUUGGCAGGCAGGACCCAGGUUUCAAGCAGCUAAACUUUUGGCUGUCUUAAUUCUCAAUGCUGAUCUAGGAAUAACUCAGUAUGCAGAAAAGGUUCUUGUGGGACUCCAUUUAGCAGCAGGUGAUCGAGAGGAAAAUAUUGUCAAACAGGUCAUUGAGUGCAGCAGAUACCUUGGCCACUUUCUUCCUCCAGCGACAUACCUGCCACUCAUCUUACCCAGGUUGAGUACAGUUAGUAAUGGGGAGCAUCCAAUAACAAUAUUGGCUUCCAUGGCAGAAGGCACAAAAAGUAAUAUACUUCAGGAAAGUAUUAAAGAUAUCAUUGAAGCUGUUUCUAUUGAGGACAUAGCUUAUAAGUCACAGUAUGAACACCAAAGAGCUCUUCUACAGUUGAUUAAAGUAAUAAUAACCAAGUGUGAUCCAAGUGAAGUCAGUUUUGAUAUUUUUCGCAUUUUACUGUUUAUUGCAUCGUCCUCGGAAGCAGAUAAUAAUGUUAACACUGCUCUAGAACAGUUGGAUGCUUUUGCAAGUAAGACUAAAUGUGCAGAAACAAGUGAAUUAUAUCAAAGACACCUUAAUGCAGCCUUGAAGACACUACUAUUAUCUGCCAAUUGCUGGACUGAAAAUACCCCACAAUUUUUGAUGUUUGUUGGCCUGAUGGAGCUAGCAGGUCAGAGCCUAAGUUAUGAAAUGGAGCUUUUUGUCAAAGUGCUUAUAGCCUGUGUUCCAAAGAAACAAGAUCCAUAUGUCAGUUUGCGUUGCUUAACAAAACUACGAAUGCUUCUGUUGCAAGAAGAUCACCCACUUGAGUCAAGUGGUCAGCUUGGAUUAUGGCUCCCUGAUCUUGUCUCAGAAUGCAUUGCAGUUUUUUUGUCAUGGCAUGCUGGUGCUACAGCUGAAGCUCUGAGAACAGCCGCUGUAGCCUGUUUAGAGGGUGUUUGCAAAAUUGGCGUGUCUGAAAUCCGGGUAAUUGAAGAGUUGAAGAAGUGCUUGACCCUCAUUCCUGCCUUAAUAGAGGAUGAUGCAGAAGAUACUCGUUACUUCUCUUGUGAUGUUAUCUAUUCCAUGUCCAUGAAUUACCCUCAGUUAAUUGAUUCUCAAAAGUUGCAUGUAUUAGCUGAAAAACUAGUGAAGAGGUUUGAUGAUGUAUCACAAAGGAUACGACUGAAAGCAGCUCAGGUUUUAGCAGUGUUAUUUGAAAACUUGCCAGAAAAUUAUGAUUCUAGAUUACAUUCUGGCCAACUGCAAGACCUCUAUAAAGAUGCUGUUAUAUUUUUAGAUGAUACUGAUGAUAAACUCCAGGAAGCUGUUUCAUCUACUCUGGAAACAAUGGGGAGGGCAUGUCCAGAACUGCUCAUCACAGCACUGGAGAAAGAUAUCCAUAAGUAUCGAAAUGCACACCGCUGCCAUAAACUCAUCGAGACUCUGAAAACACUGCAGCUAAAGUGCAGUAGCCAACAUGUUGCAUGGUAUCAUGUUCAACAAUAAAUCCAGGCUGGAGCUAGUGUGGUGAAUGAGUCCACAUGCUUUUCCUGAAGAGAGUUGGGUCCAGGAAAUUAUGGCUGUGGCAAAGAGAAUUCCAGGCAAGGGCUUUGAAGGUACAUAGCCAGAAGACUUACUUUUAGACAAUCACAAAGAAUAAACUGCAAAGGAAAUGUUGGAGACCAGUUCCCAGACAGAAGGAAAAGAUAACAGAAAAGGAUAAGGAAGAACCCAAACCUCAAUAGGUGACACGCCAAAAUAGACCCCUUACACAUCAAAUAGCGUUAUUGUGAAGCUGGGUCUGGAAUAGCUGAUGAUGCCUUAUCAGCAGUAAAGAGUACUGUAGGGUAAAACAGCAGAGAUGCUAUACAAAAUACUUGAGCACUCAGUACAAUCAUUAAGUAGCUGUGUCAACCUUAGCCAGAGAUGCUACCAAGGUUGGAAACAACUCUCAUAAUCUAACCAAACACAUUAUUACAAUCAAAACGAAGUACUAAAACCACAAGGGUCAUACAGUGCUGCCAAACACAAAGAAGCUUGGAGACAAGUCCUCUAGCAGCCCCACUUCCAACCAGAUUGCCACCUGCAAGUCCCUCCUGUAUAGAAAUUCUGGAACAGCCCCUGAUUCCAUCAUUCCACUUCAGCCCACAAAAGUCACAGCAACUCUCUCCACUCCCAUAUAGAUCACUGUGCAUCAAAGUUUAAGGUAAGAAAAAUUAUUUUUGUAUAUAUUUUUUUUUUGAUUCAUGCAUUCAUGUGGCUAAACCAGAAUUCAAGGCAGUAUGUACUCUUGUAUUAAUGUUGGUAGAAUUACCAACAAUAUGUUAAGUAAAAGGACACAAAUGCAACUAAUGUGACAUUUUAUUAUGGUAACGUUUCGCUCUCCAGAAACGUUGUCAAACCUGGAGAGCGAAACUACUACAAUAAAAUGUCACAUUAGUUGCAUUUGUAUCCUUGUACUUAACAGUAUGUACUCUUAUUUGACUGUCUAAACCAUGUUACAUUAAACAAGGGCAGUAUCAACCCCUCAUCACAUUCCUAGAUAACACUGGUCCAUUCUUUUGAAGUCCAUCUCAAAUCCAACCCUUCACAUAUAUUUGUCUAACCUAUUUUUAAAGUUACCCAAAGUUUUGCUUCAAUAACCCUGCUUGGCAGAUUGUUCCACUCUUCAACUCUAUUACAGAAUCGGUACUUAUCUUAAUCCUUUCUAAAUCUAACUUUAAUUUGAAGCCAUAAUUUUAAAAAUUGGUGGUAUGAACAGUGUAACCCUAUUUUUUUUUUUUUUUUGCAUGUUCUUCACCUUACGUGUCGUGGUUUUAUCUAUAGUGAUGAUUUCAGGAACAUAACCUGCAUGAUGUGCAAGUUUACUGUGAUAUGUAACUUUAGAAAUAUAACAGUGAUGAGUGUUAUUCUAAUAGAUAUUGUACACAAAGAAUAGUUAUAAAAUCAAAUUAAUUUCAUCUUGAAAAUAGGUCAAAAAGCCACAGAUGAGGCAUGAAAGUGUAAAUGCUUUUUAAGUUGAACUACUGCAGUAUGUACAUUGGUGGAUACAGCUUAGACACCCAGUAAACCUUGUUAAAUGUUCUUUUAUAAUUGCAAAUGGGCACUACUUCAUCUAAAAAGUGGGUACAAAGUUAUUGUUAAUCUUCAGUUAUUUCAUUUCCAAUUAUGGCAAAUAUUCUUUCACUAGUUAUCAAUUAUAAGGCACAACUUUCUAGUAUUAAGUUACUUUGACAUUUAAACAAGGCUUAAAAA